AUGUGGGGAAGAAGAUCCAUUGCGAGAGCUGGCCUAGCAAUUGAAGCUCUCCGUCCAGUUCCUGUCCGACUCCGCCCUACCCCUCCUCUUUUUUCUCGCGCCCUCCACGUUUCUCUCUCGCACUCCUCCCGAUUGAGACCUCGACUGCCAAAACCAGCUGCUACAUUAGUUCUGAGCUUUCCGUCCAUUAGACAUUGUUCCGCCGAAGCCCGCAUGAUGGCAUCCCAAGACAGAGAGACACUUCCUGACGUGGCUAAACCUGUCAACUACCAUGUCUCUCUUUUUGAUCUGCAAUUGGGUGGUUCAUGGGAAUACAAGGGCGCUUUGAAGAUCGAUCUCCAAGUCACCCGUGCCACUAGUGAGAUUGUGUUGAAUUCGAAGGAAAUCGAGGUACACGAUGCAGAAAUAUUGGGAAAAGACGGCAGCCGGCUCGCUCAGGCAUCCGGAAUCACCUACGACAAGCAAUCGGAGCGAGUUUCCCUCGCUUUCCCCCAGAAUAUUGAACCGGCAGACGUUGUGCUUUCUAUCAACUUCACAGGAACCAUGAACAACGCGAUGGCCGGCUUCUACCGCUCCAAGUACAAGCCGGUUGGAGAAGCCUCUGCCGACACCCCCAAGGAGGGUGAAUUCUACUACAUGCUCAGCACUCAAUUUGAGUCCUGUGAUGCUCGGAGGGCUUUCCCUUGUUUCGAUGAGCCGAACUUGAAAUCCACCUUUGAUUUCGAGAUUGAAGUUCCCAAGGGACAGACUGCACUAAGCAACAUGCCUGUUCAAUCCGAAAGAGACGGAAGCAAGCCUGGAUUGAAGUUUGUCACCUUCGAAAAAACACCGGUCAUGAGCACAUAUCUUCUGGCCUGGGCGGUUGGUGACUUCGAGUAUGUUGAGGCUAUGACUCAACGCAAAUACCAGGGCAAGAGUAUCCCUGUUCGCGUCUACACAACGCGAGGCUUGAAACACCAGGCUCAGUUUGCACUAGAAUGUGCUCACCGCACGGUUGACUAUUUCUCGGAAGUUUUCGAGAUUGAAUACCCUCUCCCCAAGGCUGAUCUUCUGGCGGUUCACGAAUUUGCCAUGGGAGCCAUGGAAAAUUGGGGUCUGGUGACCUACCGAACGACCGCUGUCCUUUUCGAAGAAGGAAAGUCGGACAAUCGUUACAAGAACCGCAUUGCCUAUGUUGUAGCCCAUGAACUGGCUCACCAGUGGUUUGGCAACCUCGUUACCAUGGACUGGUGGAAUGAGUUGUGGCUGAACGAAGGAUUCGCGACUUGGGUCGGUUGGCUAGCCGUUGAUCAUUUCUAUCCCGAGUGGAACGUUUGGUCCCAGUUUGUCGCUGAGGGUGUGCAACAAGCAUUCCACCUCGACUCGCUCCGCGCUUCUCACCCCAUCGAAGUCCCCGUUCGGAAUGCCCUUGAAGUCGAUCAGAUUUUCGACCAUAUCAGCUACCUGAAGGGAAGUUCCGUCAUUCGCAUGCUGAGUGUCCACCUGGGCAGGGAGACUUUCUUGCGUGGAGUUGCAGACUAUCUCAAGUCACACGCGUAUGGCAAUGCAACGACGAAUGACCUAUGGUCCGCCUUGAGCAAAGCUUCGGGCGAAGAUGUGCACUCCUUCAUGGAUCCCUGGAUUCGCAAAAUCGGAUUCCCAGUUGUUACUGUGGCAGAGGAGCCUGGCCAGGUCAGCGUGAGUCAGAAUCGAUUCUUGUCUACUGGCGAUGUGAAGCCACUUGAGGAUGAGACGAAAUGGUGGAUUCCUCUGGGCAUCAAAUCGGGACCGGAAUUGGCUACUCUUGACACCCGUGCUCUCACCGCGAAGACUGACACCGUUGGUGGAAUUGGGGAGGGCACUCUUUACAAGAUCAACAAGGAUUUGUCCGGAUUCUAUCGUACCAAUUAUCCUCCCAUGCACCUCGCAAAGCUGGGCCAGUCGCUAAACCUCCUGAGCACCGAAGAUAAGAUCGGUUUGCUAGGUGAUGCAGCCGCUCUUGCCGUGUCUGGUGAAGGCACCACGCCGGCUUUGUUGACUCUGCUGGAGGGAUUCAAGGACGAACAAAACUACCUUGUUUGGUCCCAAAUCUCCGCUUGUCUAGCUAACCUCCGGUCUGUAUUCUCUCAGAAUGAGAAAGCAGCCGAGGCACUGAAGAGAUUUACGCUCAAACUGGUUUCCCCGGCCUCGGAGCGGAUCGGAUGGGAAUUCCAGCCCAACGAGGAUUAUCUCGUCGUGCAACUUCGGAAGCUGUUGAUUUCUAUGGCCUGUAAUGCAGGCCAUGAAGGAUUUGUCUCCGAGGCUAAGCGUCGCUUCGACCUUUGGUCAACUGGGAAAGACGCCAGUGCCAUCCAUACUAAUUUGCGGUCGGUGAUUUUCAGCGUCAAUGUGUCCGAGGGCGGCCGUAAGGAAUACGAUGCUGUCAAGGAGGAGUAUCUCCAGACCGAUUCUGUGGAUGGUAAAGAGAUCUGCUUGUCUGCACUUGGACGCACCAAGGACGCCACGCUAGUGACGGACUACUUGGACUUUGUGUUCUCGGAUAAGGUGGCUAUCCAGGACAUGCACAGCGGUGCUGUGUCUUUGGCAGCCAAUGCAAAGGUUCGGCAUCUACUAUGGCAGUAUAUCAAGGAUAACUGGACUGCUGUCGAGACACGGUUAUCAUUCAACAACGUCGUGUUUGAGCGCUUUGUCCGCAUGGGUCUAUCGAAGUUUGCCGAUCACCAGAUUAGUGACGACAUUUCGGCCUUCUUCAAGGAGAAAGAUACCGCUGCCUAUGAUCGUGCUCUCGUGAUUGUUUCGGACAACAUUCGGACCAAUGCAUCCUAUAAGGAGCGUGAUGUGGCCUUGAUUCUUGAAUGGCUGACAGCUCACGGCUAUGCUUAG